AAGAGAAUUUUCAUUCAACGACCAAACACGUGAAUUUGACAUUUCAAUUUUGCUUUCGCGAAUUUCAUCUUUUCCUCUUGUUUUUCCUCCAUUUUCCAUUUAAAAUUCAUUUAAAUGGACACAAGUGGUGGCAUAUUAAAUAAACUAAAGGACCUAGGUCCUGAAUUAUGUAUUUAUUUCCUGGAAAAUUACUUUGAGAAUGAGAAUGGUCCUCCAUCAUUUUUCCACACAAUCCCAACUGCUCUGCUAAGGGAACAGGAGACCUACACGAAAGGUCUCCUAGUGCUUGAUAUCUUCCUCAACUACAGCACCCCGGAUUGUCUCAAUAAAGCCGGCUCAGCAUGGAUGACGAUGCUGAUGAAACACGUUUCACUCGAUAUGCCCUUCACGUGCUCCGUUGAGCUAUCCUACAGGCUCUUGGGGAAAAUUAUAAACAAGUCUGAUGUUGCCAAGGAAUUGGCAAAGGCAAUCUCAACGAAUUUCGCCACCAGACUUGCCCUGAAUAUUGUGGAGUCCCCGAAAAAUUGUCAGCUCGUUGCGCUACAAUGCCUCUCAUCGUGUUUGCUGCACUCUGGGGGCACAUGUAGCCCCCUUCAAGGUCGAAUUGAAAAGUACCUUCUCACAUUUGUUGAUGCACAAGAUGAAAAUCUCUGCCUUGAGGCUGCACGAUGCCUCCUGCUGCUGCAGCAAUUGGCUGGUGGAGGUGUUCAUGGGGUUAAUCAUCAAAAAGCCUGGGGGAGGCUUCAAACUCGUCUCUUGGGGAAUCUCUCAGACACUCUCAGUGCGAUAUUUGGCGAAGAACUGUCUGCAGAUCCGGAAACGAGCUUUGCACUUCCUGAAAUUGAUCUGAGUGCUGGUCCACUCAAGAGAACGGUGGAUUUGAUUCAGAGAUUUAAGAAUCUGUGCAGUUUCUUCAACGUGGCCCUUUUGGGGGCAUUCAAGACAACAAAACCCGUUCAACCUGUGAAGAUUUUGAAACUCAUAUCGAGGACAGUUGAAGCAAUGGGGAAUUCGGCAAGGAGUAAUUUAACUCUUGAGGAUGUGGUCAUUGUUAAUUUGCUACCAUCGAUGCAUGAAAGUAUCUUGAAUCUUCUCAGGGCUCUUAUUGCUUUAUUACGCGGGAAUAUGGUACUCUUCAGCAGGAGCAUUUGUGCCAUUCUCCUAUCUUCACUGAAAUGUUCGGCUAAAUCAAUGUCACUCCGUAUUGCAACGUACAAACUUUUUGUCUUCUGGUGCAACACUGUAAAUGGAUCGAGUUGUGUUGAAGAUAUUUCCGAAUCCUUCAUUACGUCAAUAAUUCGGGAUACAAAGCCAUUUGUACUAAAGGUACAGCUCCAGGUGAAUGGGCUAAGUUCAAAGGGGAAGCAGAGCAAAAGGCUCAAGAGAAAACUCGGUGGAAGCCUUGAGAAUGAAGCUGAGAAGGAAGACGUCCUUCACAGGCACCUAAAUGAGGGGAAAUACGAAAAGCUCUGUGCUGAGGCUCUCAAUUGCCUCAGGCAGCUUAUCAGGUGCGGUAGUUGCUUUAUGAAACUCGAUCAAUUGAAGCGUAUUUAUGAGCACACAACCACCCUUAUUUUGCAAAAUGUGGAGAUUGACAGGAAGAGGCGACCACUUUAUGCUAAUCGUGAGUGCCGAAGGAGUUUAUUCUUGGUUCUCAAGGAACUUCUUGUGAGCUCGUACACAAUCACACUGCCACAGAGUCAGUUCCUGAUUCAGGUCUUCAGUCAGGCGCAACAUAUGGAGAUUUGGCAUGAAAACAGGAUUCUCUGUGUUGAGAUUCUUGCGGAUUUGGAGAGAGUUAUUCAUCCGCAAAAGCUGGAAUUUAAAUUCCCGUCCAGGGAAGAAGUUGCACCGCUUAAAUUGAGCAAUGGUGAUGAUCAUGAAGUGGAAGACAGGGAAAUGGUGUUAGAAGAUGAAAAGACUGUCACUCCAGAGCUUCCUGAUGCAACGAAUCAAGCUGAUGAAAUAACUUCCGUGACUACUGAUGGAGAUAUUUUAAUGAAAAAUGACAAGGAAGUGCAGCAGAAUCAAGACAAGGACAAUAAACCUGAUGAGGUAGAGAAGGAAAUUGACGAGGAACAAGACAAGAUUCCCGAAGACACAAAGGAAGAAGAUGAGAAAGAAGCAGAGAAAGUUCAAAACACACAAGCGAGUGUGCUGGAAAUCGAUUCAAGUGACGACGCUCCCAAUGAUGAUGUCCAGGUUCUCUCAGAUGAAGAAGUAGUCUUCCUGCCAUCGAAUAACCAGAAAAAUAAUCUUUCUAUUCCCGGAUCAUCAAAGCAAGGAAGUAGUCGUGGACGAAACUCCCCAAUAAUCCUCGAUGAGGACUCCAAUGAUGAUGAUGUGAGAAACUUGAUGAGUUUCUUUGUUGAUGACGUUAAUAAGUAGCUUUGUACUUUUUCUAAAAAUUAUUAAACCCCUUGUAUAAAAAACAUACAAAAAAGUAAUAAAAAUUAUUUACAAAAAAAA